UUCGGCCGCGACCCCGGGGGGGACGCGGAGCGGCCGGGCCGGCAUGGAGGUCAGCGCGGAGCAGCCCCGCUGGGUCAGCCACCACCACCCGGCCGUGCUCAACGGCCAGCAUCCGGACACGCACCACCCGGGGCUCGGCCACUCCUACAUGGACCCCUCGCAGUACCCUCUGCCCGAAGAGGUGGAUGUACUUUUUAACAUCGACGGCCAGGGCAACCACGUCCCGCCCUACUACGGGAGCUCCGUGCGGACGGCCGUGCAGCGGUACCCCCCGGCCCACCACGGCAGCCAGGUAUGUCGCCCGCCGCUGCUGCACGGAUCCCUGCCCUGGCUCGACGGCAGCAAGGCCCUGGGCGGCCACCACAGCGCUUCGCCCUGGAACCUGAGCCCUUUCUCCAAGACCUCCAUCCACCACGGCUCCCCGGGACCCCUCUCCGUCUACCCGCCGGCCUCGUCCUCCUCGCUGUCGGCCGGCCACUCCAGCCCGCACCUCUUCACCUUCCCGCCCACCCCGCCCAAGGACGUCUCCCCGGACCCGUCGCUGACCACGCCGGGCUCGGCGGGCUCGGCCCGGCCCGAGGAGAAGGAGGCCAUCAAGUACCAGGUGACGCUGCCCGACAGCAUGAAGCUGGAGACGGCCCAUCCCCGGGGCGGCAUGGGGUCGCUCGGGGCCGGCUCGGCCGCCGCCCACCACCCCAUCACCACCUACCCCUCCUACGUCCCCGAAUACGGCUCCGGACUCUUCCCCCCCAGUAGCCUGCUCGGCGGCUCGCCCACGGGCUUCGGAUGCAAGUCGAGGCCGAAGGCGAGGUCCAGCACAGAAGGCAGGGAGUGUGUAAACUGUGGGGCAACCUCAACCCCACUGUGGAGGAGAGACGGAACCGGUCACUACCUUUGUAAUGCCUGUGGGCUCUACCACAAAAUGAAUGGACAGAAUCGACCCCUCAUUAAGCCCAAGCGAAGGCUGUCCGCAGCCAGAAGAGCAGGUACGUCCUGCGCAAACUGUCAAACCACCACAACUACCCUGUGGAGGAGAAAUGCCAAUGGAGAUCCUGUCUGUAACGCCUGUGGACUCUAUUACAAGCUGCACAAUAUUAACAGACCCCUGACUAUGAAGAAGGAAGGCAUCCAGACCCGAAACCGAAAAAUGUCUAGCAAAUCCAAAAAGUGCAAAAAGGUGCACGACAGCCUGGAGGACUACCCCAAGAGCAGCUCCUUUAAUCCAGCCGCCCUCUCCAGACACAUGUCUUCCCUCAGCCACAUUUCACCUUUCAGUCACUCCAGCCACAUGCUGAGCACCCCAACACCGAUGCACCCACCGUCCAGCCUCUCCUUUGGACCGCAUCACCCCUCCAGUAUGGUCACUGCUAUGGGUUAGACUCCCUGCUCAAUGCCUAACGGUCUCAAAAGUGAGAUUCUCCCCCGCCCCCUCCCCUAACCCCCACCCCCCGCUUUAUACUUGCAUUUUUGCAGGAGCAGUAUCACGAAGCCUAAAAUCGAUGGAAAUAUGUCAUUUGAAGGCGGAAAGCAAAAGUGAUGUUUGCCACUUUUUCGGAGGAACUCACUGGGGUGUCUUAUGUUCGCAACCACUGAAUCUGGAUCCCAUUUGUGAAUAAGCCAUUCAAACUCAUAUUCCCUACUUAACAGGGUCUCUAGUGCUGUGAAAAACAAACAGCUGAACAUUGCAUAUAACUUAUAUUGUAAGAAAUACUGUACAUUUGAGGAAGACUUUAUUGCAUCUGGGUAGCUGUAAGAAAGGCAUGAAGGACACCGAGAAAUGUCAGGAACAUGUGGGGAGAAAAGGAAUGCGGAGUUAAGAAGAAACUCGGUCUAACACGUGGAUGGACAGCCCGCCCAUCGUGUUUCUCUCAUCACUGGCCACAGUCGUCGGAUGCAUUUUAAAAGUAAAAAAAAAAAAAAAAAAAAAGAUGUGUAGGCAGAUCUUUCACUCAAGGCGGAGGGGUCUCCGCUUAAGAAAUACUCUGAGUUGCGGGUGAUCGCUGUUGACAUGCAGGUAUUGCCAUUUAGGAUUUACAGACAGUCAUUCUAAUCCAGGCCGAUAUCCAUUGUGAACGAGUCCCUGUAAUUGUCGUUUGUAUGUAUAAUUCAAAGCACCAAAAUAAGAGAGAUGUAGAUUUAUUUCAUCAUAUUAUACAGACUAAAUUGUUGUAUAAAUUUAUUUACUGCUAGUGUUAAGAACUGCUUUUUUGUUUUAAUAUUUUUUCUUUCUCUCUUUUUUUUUUUGGUUGAAUAAACUAGAUUACGUUCCGUUGAUCUAAGGUGGUUGUGCUUUAGAGGGAUUAUUUUCCAUUUUGUUUUUUUUGAAUGAUAUUUAUUAAAUAGCUUCCAUGGGUACAGCAGCAUCUGUCUUUUCACUCACUCCUCCUGCGGCCUGGUCCCAGAUUCCCAACUUCAGGGGCUCCCGUCUCACUGAGGGAAGCUUGGCUGAUCUUUGAGCUCCCUCUGAGUUCUGGGUGAAUUGUCCCUGCCUGUAAACAGACGGUGGAAAAGGAAAGGGAAGAGCUUCGAUAUUGGAGAGCGAACAUGCCGCCUCAUCUGGGUGAGGGGCCAAGAGCUAGUAGCGAUCCAAGUAAACGAGGAAACAAAGUAAAGGGGCCAUCACCGAACGGAGCUCGACCCGACCCAGGUUCCCCAGGCGGUGCCAGACGGGGUCAGGGACGUGUCUUCUUGGAGGUCGAAUUUGUCCCAGGAAAUGUUGUCUUUUGGGGCAGGGGAGACAACCCGGUAACUCUGAGCCCCACAACGCAACAGAGCAGUUGCCUGUCUCAUCCUGGAGAAUGCUUUGGUCAGCAAAACCCCCACUGGAGAUCCCAAAUGGGAAUUUUGCUUGCCUCAGGGCUACAGGAUCAGACCUGCUGCGGACGGAUUCCUUGUGGUAACUUUCAAGGUAUACAUGACCUGGGCCAGCUCUUGGGUUUCAUUUCUGUUUUGCUUUUCUAUUUCCAAAUAGCUCCACAGUGAAGGAUUUAAUGGAAUGUUUGCGAGACAUUGAAACAAGCAUUUUGUAACGCUGUAUAUUUCCCUUUGACUCUGUUGACAGGAUGUGUAACAAACUAUGACAACACAUUUUGAAUCUAUGUUAAUCGCCUCUCUGCUUUCUUAGCAAAUAUUUUAAACCUAAAACUAAAUGUUGAGAUAAAAAAGGAGUAGAGAAUUAAUGAGAUGCAAAUGGAGAUCUUACUGGCUCCUAAUUGAAUCACCUACAGUUUAGAAUGCUAUUUUUCAAUUACUUUGAAGCACCAAAGGAAAGAAUCACCUUUUGCCAUAAUAAACUUGGGAGAUUUUUGUUUUGCUGUAAGUUACAAUGUCUCAGGAUUUUCCUCCGUUUUUCUUCAUGAGCAGAUCUGAGUUAACGCCCUUUCACCUUUAAGAACAGAGAGUUCAAAUUCUUUACAUUCUUUGGAAAAAACAAGCACCCUAACAACUUUGACUUUUAAAUAAUCUAGCUGUAUGAACACAUUUGACUUGAUUCCUUCCUCAGAAAGCUGUCAUUUCAUCAUUCUGUAUAUUUUGUUAACAUGCUGAGGCUUUUAGGUGAUGCAAAGCGUUCUUUUUUAUAAUUCAUGGUGGCGAUGAAAGUUUGUUCUUUAGAAUAUUAUCUUACGUUCUCAGUUUUUCUGUUUUCGAUGAAGCACAUCAGAGAGCAAUACUAGAGAGGGUUUAAUCCAGAUUAAAAAAAAAGCCAGAUCAAGAGCUGUUGACCAAUGUAUUGCUACGAUAUUUCUGAGUAAACUGUAUCCCUAAUUAAUUUCAAAA